AUGUCUUAGUUAUCAAAAUCAGUUAGUCCAAUAACCAAUACAUAGACAUCUUUUUAUUCAAGUUCAUUAUAAUAAUCUUCUUAUAAUUCAUUGUAUUUAUUAAUAUUGAAUAUCUAGAACCAACAGUAGAUAAAAGGAGAGAAUUUUUUAAUAAAAAUAAAUCCCAAUUAACAUUCAAAAAAAUUCAUUAUUUAAUCUAAAACCAUAAAUAUUAUCUAAUCCUAAUAUGCAUUCAGAUAUAAGAGUAUCCGAAUUUGAUAAACCAAUACAUUUUUAAACUGAUUAACUAAUAUAAAGACCGGUUAUUAUGGAAUCCAAACAAAAAAUAUAAGAAUAAAAUAUAAAUAAUUUCUAACCAAUAUUAGAAGAAAAAAAUGAUAAAUUCAUAAAAAUAGGAAUAGUCAUCAUAAUAGUGUUAUUAUUAUUAUUAGGCAUUCUCAAAUUCAAUUGA